AUGGCUGCCCAACUUCGGGAUGUCUUCGCCCAGAAAGCGAGCAGAGAGCUCCCGGUCUUUGUCACUUUUAUCACUGCGGGUUAUCCUAACCCCGAAUCGACCGUCCCGCUGAUGUUGGCCAUGGAAGCCGGAGGCGCCGAUAUCAUCGAAUUGGGCGUUCCUUUCACGGACCCUUUGGCCGAUGGACCCGCCAUCCAAGAAUCUAACAACGUCGCCCUCAGUCAUAAUGUAGAUUACCGCAAGUGUUUGCAAUUCGUUUCUGAAGCCAGAUCUCAGGGAUUGAAAACCCCGGUCAUCUUAAUGGGUUACUACAACCCUCUCAUGGCCCAUGGAGAACAGGCCUCGAUUGACGAUGCCAAACAAGCCGGUGCCAACGGAUUCAUUGUCGUUGAUCUACCGCCUGAGGAGGCCGUCAAGUUUCGAACCCUUUGUACUAGCUCUGGGUUGAGCUAUGUGCCUCUAAUUGCACCCACAACGACUGACUCUCGAAUCGGUUUCUUGAGUUCGAUAGCCGAUUCAUUUAUGUAUGUCGUCUCCAAGCUGGGUACCACAGGUGCAACUGAAAAGGUAGCCACAUCACUGCCAGAUCUAAUAUCUCGGAUUCGAAAAUUUUCUCAUACUACCGAUGCCAACAAAUCGAUCCCAUUGGCCGUCGGUUUCGGCAUCUCAACGGCAGAUCAUUUUGACCAUGUCGGAGGGCUCGCAGAUGGAGUCGUCGUGGGAUCGAAGAUAAUCGAGGUGUUGAAGCUCAACCAAGGCGAAGGUGCGGCCAAGGCCGUGCAACAGUUCUGUGAAGGCUUGUGUGGCGGGAAGACUGGUCGUCCACGCAAGGGACCUAUAAAUAUUGCAAUCACCAAUCUUGUCUCACAGGUCUCGACUCUCAUGACCAAUGGUACCAACGGUACCAAUGGUGUUAAUGGUAUUGCCCGCCCACCCGUAAAUGGCACCUCCAAACAACCCACUCCCGAAACCAGUUUGCCCUAUCGAUUUGGCGAGUUCGGUGGUCAAUACGUCCCCGAAGCCUUGGUCGAUUGUUUGCUCGAAUUGGAGACUUGUCACCGUGAGGCGAUGGCCGAUCCGAAGUUCCAGGCCGAGUUCAAGAGCUACUACGGAUACAUGAACCGUCCUUCGGGAUUGUAUUUCGCAGAACGCCUGACCGAGCAUGUCGGUGGAGCCAAAAUCUGGUUCAAGCGUGAAGACCUCAACCACACGGGUUCUCACAAGAUCAACAAUGCCGUCGGCCAGAUCCUUUUGGCUCGACGAUUGGGCAAGACCCGGAUCAUCGCUGAGACUGGCGCCGGGCAACAUGGUGUUGCAACAGCUACCGUCUGCGCAAGGUUCGGUAUGGAAUGCGUCGUUUACAUGGGUGCAGAGGAUGCCCGGCGACAAUCUUUGAACGUCUUCCGAAUGAAAAUGCUCGGAGCUCAAGUGGUCGCAGUGACCAGUGGCAGCCAAACCCUAAAAGAUGCAAUCAACGAAGCCAUGCGUGAUUGGGUGACCAAUGUCAGCACAACACAUUAUCUCGUUGGUUCGGCCAUCGGCCCUCAUCCUUUCCCUACAAUCGUCCGGGACUUCCAAAGUGUUAUCGGACGAGAGAUCAAGGAUCAGCUGCUGGCUGAAAUAGGUAAAUUGCCAGACGCAGUGAUUGCGUGUGUGGGUGGUGGAAGUAACGCUAUCGGAACUUUCCAUCCGUUCAUCAAUGAAAAGAGCGUGCGAAUGAUCGGUGUCGAAGCUGGGGGGAGUGGGACGGAUACCGACCGACAUUCGGCGACGUUAUCCAAAGGGACGAAGGGCGUGCUCCACGGUGUGCUGACCUACAUCCUACAGAGCUCCAGCGGGCAGAUCUCGGAGACCCAUUCGAUCUCGGCCGGACUGGAUUACCCGGGUGUCGGGCCGGAGCACUCAUUCUUGAAGGACGCCGGUCGGGCUGAGUACCGUGUGGCUACCGAUCUCGAGGCCUUGAAAGGAUUCCGAUUGUGCGUCCAGUUCGAAGGUAUUAUCCCUGCACUCGAAACUGCUCAUGCCAUCUGGAGCACUGCCGAGGUGGCUAAGGAACUUGGGAAGGAUGCCAACAUCGUGAUGUGUUUAUCUGGCAGAGGAGAUAAGGAUGUUGAGCAGAUUGCACAACAGUUACCCAAGUUCGCUGAUGCUCUGGAUUGGCACAUUUCACCUUGA